AUGAGCUACCAAGGAUACGGCCGGCCGCAGUACGGCGCUCCGCCGAUGCAGCAGCAGCAGCCGUACCAAGGCGGCUCUUACGGUCCUCCGCAACAUUCACCUCAGCCGUACCCGAAUCAGGGUCAACCGUCGCCGCAGCAUGUCUACUACCAGCAGGGACAACCACAGCAUCAACAAUAUUCUUAUCCUCCUCAAAGCGCCAGCCCGCACGGGGCAAGUCCGCACGGCGCCAGCCCGCAGCAGUAUCACCAGCAAAUGCCCGGUCAACAAUCGCCAUAUGCUGGCCGUCCCGCCGUCGGGCCGUCUCCUCAGCACAGCCAUGGCCAGCAGCAUGGGCGCCAGGACAUGGUUCAGGCUCCCCCGAGCACACCUCAGCACUUCGGAAGCGGCGCCCCUCAGAGCUACUCGUUCAAGUACUCACAGUGCACUGGACGACGCAAGGCCCUUCUCAUCGGAAUCAACUACUUUGGCCAGCGCGGCCAGCUACGAGGCUGCAUCAAUGACGUGCGCAACAUGACGUCGUACCUAGCUGAGCACUUUGGCUACAGACGCGAGGAUAUGGUCAUCUUGACCGACGACCAACAGAACCCCAUGAGCCAGCCUACCAAGCAAAACAUCCUGCGAGCUAUGCACUGGCUUGUCAAGGACGCACGCCCCAACGAUUCCCUCUUUUUCCACUACUCUGGUCACGGCGGCCAAACGAAAGACCUUGACGGCGAUGAGCCAGACGGCUACGACGAAGUCAUUUAUCCUGUGGAUUUCCGCCAACACGGACACAUUACCGACGACGAAAUGCACCGAAUUAUGGUCUCGCCUCUGUGCGCUGGCGUACGACUAACGGCCAUUUUCGAUUCCUGCCAUUCUGGUACUGCGCUGGAUCUACCGUACAUUUACUCGACUCAGGGUAUUCUCAAAGAGCCCAACCUGGCCAAGGAAGCUGGCCAGGGCCUGCUCGGUGUUAUCUCCUCCUACAGCCAGGGUGAUCUGGGUGGCAUGGGUAGCCAGAUUGUCAGCCUUUUCAAGAAAGCAACAAGUGGCGAGGAGGCCCACAGCCGCGCCAUUGCGACCAAAACCUCCCCUGCUGAUGUUGUUAUGUGGUCAGGCAGCAAGGACGACCAAACUUCUGCCGAUGCCAGCAUUGGCCUUCAAGCCACCGGCGCCAUGUCGUGGGCUUUCAUCACUUCGCUCAAGAAGAACCCCCAGCAGAGCUAUGUCCAGCUACUCAAUAGUCUCCGCGACGAAUUGUCCACACGGUACACGCAGAAGCCUCAGCUGUCCUGCAGCCACCCCCUAAACACCGACCUCCUCUUCGUCAUGUAA